GACCGGCUGGACCCACACUGUGCAAACCGUUAUCCACCUGCAAAUAAAGCGUUCACGGAAUCUGCACAUUCCUCGCUGACGUCACGGCGGAUGGAAUAAUAGAACAACCGUCGCUCGAAAUACGCUCUCGCGCUCUUCUGUCAUGAUGUUAUGAAGUGCACUUUGGAAAAAUGUCCUCACGACAGCGCUACACGCACGGAAUGUCCCACGGAAGCGCUGGCGAACAACAGGUGGAUUCCGAGGCCAAUCCAGACCUGGAAGUAGCCAUACUUCUCUGUCUCUCUCCGCCCCUAUGAGUAACCAUAGCAAAGACACCGUAAAAUCCAGCGUACCGGAAAGAAGCUGAAUAUCGCGGUCGCGACAUGGAUCAUUUCAGCGGUGACGUGACGUUACGGACAACAUUGACCACUUAUUCGGAAUUAUGUCACUUUACAUCUGAUAUCGUCUGCUAGUACGCCGAGCCUGUUUAUUUCUGUCCCAAGAGAUUGUUUGUAGACUUUUGGAGUUAUCAUGCCUGUCAGUAACGGAUCGAUGAUGGAUUUGCCCUCGGAAUAUGUGAAAGUAAAGGCGCAUUAUGGAGGGGACAUGCUGAUCUCUGACUUGGAUUUGGCCAUGACGUACACACAGGUGUGUGAGGAGGUGAGAACGAUGUGUGGUGUCCGAAAGGAGAUGCCAAUUACACUCAAGUGGAUUGACGAUGAAGGGGACCCGUGUACAAUCUCAUCCCAGAUGGAGCUGGAGGAGGCAUUCCGGAUCUACAGCCGGGACCCACGCUCCGGACUUCUUUUGCAUGUUUUCCCAAGUAUUCCUGAAAAGCCUGGUAUGCCGUGUCCAGGAGAGGACAAAUCGAUCUACCGCCGUGGAGCUAGACGAUGGAGGAAGCUGUACCGGGUGAACGGACACCUCUUCCAGGCCAAGCGCUUUAACAGGAAAGCGUACUGUGGCCACUGCAGCGAGAGGAUAUGGGGACUGGGGCGCCAGGGCUACAAGUGUAUCAACUGCAAGCUACUGGUCCAUAAACGCUGUCACAAGCACGUCCCACUGACCUGUCAAAGGCAUAUGGAUCCAGUCAUGCCAUCACAGGAGCCGUUGGUAGACGAUGAUAAAAGUGGAGAGGAAGUGGAGCUCCCCCCUGAGGACCCUGAGGAAACAGACGCAAUCCCUUUUUUAGCACACAACCGGAAAGUGGAGAAAACUGAAGAUGACACAGAGGAUCUAAAGGCGGUGGUGGACGGUAUCGAGGGGAUUCAGCUCUCUCAGGGUCUCGGCCUGGGGGACUUUGACCUGAUCCGGGUCAUCGGUAGAGGCAGUUAUGCUAAGGUGCUGCUGGUCCGACUCAAGAAAAACGAACAGAUUUAUGCCAUGAAGGUGGUGAAGAAAGAGCUGGUCCAUGAUGAUGAGGAUAUUGACUGGGUCCAGACAGAGAAACAUGUGUUUGAACAAGCAUCAACCAAUCCAUUCUUAGUGGGACUUCACUCUUGCUUUCAGACAGAGAGCCGGCUGUUUCUAGUGAUCGAGUAUGUGAAUGGAGGAGAUCUCAUGUUCCAUAUGCAGAGGCAGCGGAAGCUUCCAGAGGAACAUGCCAGAUUUUAUGCUGCUGAAAUUUGCAUCGCUCUUAAUUUUCUGCAUGAGAAGGGCAUUAUUUACCGGGAUUUAAAACUGGACAAUGUACUAUUGGACCAGGAUGGCCAUAUCAAAAUUACAGACUAUGGCAUGUGCAAGGAGGGAAUCAGACCAGGUGACACCACCAGCACAUUCUGUGGGACGCCCAACUACAUCGCCCCAGAGAUCCUGAGGGGAGAGGACUACGGGUUCAGUGUAGACUGGUGGGCUCUGGGUGUGCUCAUGUUUGAAAUGAUGGCAGGCCGAUCUCCCUUCGACAUCAUCACUGACAAUCCUGAUAUGAACACAGAGGAAUAUCUCUUCCAGGUAAUUUUGGAGAAGCCGAUACGGAUUCCCAGGUCAUUGUCUGUUAAGGCUGCGAGUGUGCUGAAAGGCUUUCUGAACAAGGACCCGAAAGAGAGGCUGGGAUGCCAAGUUCAGACCGGAUUCACAGACAUCAAGUCUCAUACGUUCUUCAGAAGCAUAGACUGGGACCAGCUGGAACAGAAGCAGGUGACGCCACCAUUCAAACCUCAGAUCACAGAUGACUACGGUUUAGACAACUUUGACACGCAGUUCACCAACGAACCCGUGCAGCUAACACCAGACGACGAGGAUGUGAUAAAGAGAAUAGACCAGUCUGAGUUUGAGGGAUUCGAGUACAUCAAUCCUCUGCUGCUCUCCACAGAAGAAACCAUAUGAGGGAAGAACAAUACGGCGGAUGUUUCUCUGCCUGCGGCUCCACAAGACUACUACAGCUGAGUAUCGCUCAGACUGUGUGUUCACAGAGAAAAACUGUGUUAAAGACAAAAAAGCAACACUAAGACUUGAAGUUUCGGACCCUCCUUGAGUUAUUUUGGGGUUGCACUGGAAGAAGAAGCGACUGGAGGAACUUCAGAAAACAAACUCAGAACUAUUCCCCAAAUUUCAGCUGUUGAUUGUCUUCCUGCUUCCCAGCAUCCUUUUUCAUUUUCACGCCCAUGUUUGUGUGUGUCUGGGACUCAAGUUCAACUUCAAUGUGUGCCUGCGUCCAUCAGAGACUACAUUUCCCAUCAACCCUAGCUAAAUAUGACCGUUCUAACUUAAUGUGCACUUUUGUUUUCAGUUUUUUAUUUUAUUUUUUGAUUCUCUUUAAUCUUGUGUGAGGCGCGUCCUCAAGCAAAACAAGAAUGUAUAAUGUUUAAAAGUAAAAAAAAAUUGUUGUAUUAUAGUGUAGGUAGCCAAUCGAAGAAUUUAUGAUGCCUUCUAUGAUGCAAAGUGGCACAUUUUAAUUCAUGACCAUGAUGGUUUCAUCCACAGUGGGUAGCUGUGCUUCAAACCACAAGCUUUUAACCACCCAUGUUGGUUUUACAGAGUAAAUGGGAGAUAAAAUGUGUUUUUUGAAGAAGUGCCUCAAAGAUCCAAAAUUCACAAUGCUCCAAACUGCUCUGAGCUCCACGUUAGUGGAGUUGGUUUUCCAAUGCACCAUCCAAUGAGGAAGUGGGAGGUGGCAGGUGUUAUUAUUAUUUUUUUUUUUUACAUAACACAAACACACUGAUACAUAUGUUGAAACCAAGACAUGAAGGUUAGACACUGAAUGAUCACAAAGCCCAAUUACAUCAGACUGGCAGUAAUAUCACCAACCCAGGCUCAUUAGAAAAACGUGCCUCUGUCCACAUUUUUGCAAAACUUCACAAAUGUACCUACAUAUACAUUUUACUAGCUGAAAUAAACACUACUGGCAGUAAAACAUUUCUUUUUACACAAAUUAUGAUUACAGGGCAGAUUAAUUGAUUAAUAAUAACGCAUUUAUUAAUAAAAAUGAACUUAUUUUUGCACAGUUCCUUGAACAAUAUUACGUAAGGACCUCAAACCACUUUUAUAGUGCAUGUAUUUGUAAUACAUAUUGACAUUUGUAUCACAUAACCUGCAGCAUAUGAAUGUUUUUUCCCAUAUCCACCUUUUUCGUUAAUGCGGAAGCCUAUGGGUGAGACUUCCGGUUCAUUAUCCGCUAACAAGGACAUAACGAGAAGAAUAACAACGUGCAGUAAACGGUAAAACUGUUUGCACUACAACCCAGUGUGCUCAUAAUUAAGAUGAAUGCAUUAAAAUAAUAUGAUAAGUCAGCAAUUUGCAAUAUCAAGCAGCAAAACAAGCUGUUUUUUACAGCUGAAAAAAGCUGGACGCGAAUAAGACGAAAGCCAGACCCAUAAAAUUUACAAAUGGCCGUGCCAGCUCUUACGGGAUGAAAAAGGUGGAUGGUAAACUUGCUCGCUGGCUCACCCGGUACAGCAUUGCACUUUAGCAAGUUUAAAAUCAUUCACAUUUGCUUUCACUAACACUUAAGUUAGGUUUAGGGUCAGUACUAGGGCUGGGUUUUGACACAAAUUUCACAAUUCGAUUUGAUAAUGCUUCACAAGUUUGCAAUUCGAUUUAAUUCUGAUUUAAUUACACAAGUUAUAAUACUAACCUUAAAUUACAUAAUUAUAUUUCUACUCCAGUUCGUUUUUUGGAUUUAUUCAAACCUAAAUUAAAUAUUGAAUAUGUCAUAUGGUGCAUAUGCUCCUCUCUAGAGUUUAAUUUUCUAACCCGUAAUGUUUUUUUUUAAUGUGAGGUAAUGUGACGUUACGUGACCGUUUGUUUACAAGCUGUUAUAUUGACAUCUUUGCACGGUUGAAAACUGAUUGAGCGAUUACAUGAGACAAGAUACGGAUUUCGGUAAGUUGUACUUAUUCUUUUAACAAACUUUCGGAUUCACGUUUUUUCAAGACAUAACUGGUAUUAAAGCAGAGAACUCCCGCUUCUCUUGAACUGAGGUGCUACAACUCCACAUUAAACGGCACCAAAACGGCAUUUAUUGCUUGAAUACUGUAAUGAAAUGGAUAAAAUUUGAAAUAGGAGACUUUGUUUAAUAUCAAAAGUAACCAAGCACAAAGUUUAUUGUGAUUUAUUGGACGGGAGGAGCGCUAAAAUGUUCCAUUCAUGAACUGAAACAAGCUAGACUAAUCGAUUUUUGUGAUUUAUGAAUCAGUAUUGUUUCGAAAAACUGAGAAUCGAUUAAAAUCAUGAAACCAAUAUUUUUACCCAGCCCUAGUCAGUACGUUAUUUUCAAACGCGAUAUAGCAUUACCUUCACUGGAAAUUUCAUUUCCGAACUGCCGCGAUACGCACAGAAACUUUCAUAAAAACGUUCAUAGACUCAUGUUCAUCUAUCACUGAUAAACUGAAUAAAACAUUAAAGAAACAACGUAAUAUCAUUUUGCACAAAUGUCACCACAGGCACCUAUUUUUCCAAUGACCUUGGGCUAAUAUUACAGUAAAAUUCAUUACAACCACACACUAUAUUCCUAUAUGGCUGCUCCUCAAUCUAAAAAGAGGGUUUGUGUUGUACUCAUGUGAUCUGUCAAUAACGUGCUGUUGAGAUGUUGUGGAGAGCAAGAGAACACAAACAAGGGGUUUGUACAUCAUGUCACUGGUGUUGUUUGGUGGUAAAAUUGUGCAACAGUGAUGUGACUGAAUCUCAGAUGACCUAAACACAUGGCGGAACUGUCUUUGCAGUCGCAGUCGAAUGCUCAAAUUCAACACUCAAUAUAAAACACAGUUAGCACAGAAUGCUAAUCUUAUGUGUUCUGUGUUCGGAGUUCUAGACUACUACAGUACUUGGAGUAUACACUGUAUUCUGUCUACUAUUUUCAUUAAUAGUAGGUGAAAUGAUUGUCAAUAUUCCACGCUUAACACUUUUCGGAAAUUAGUAGGCCAUGCUACACUGUCACAUUACCUUGUGAUGUUGCGUAUAAGCAACUAAUAAUGACUAUUUUGUAUUUUAAAAUCAGUUUUAGGCAAAAUGAGCCAAAAAAAAAGAUGAAAUGGAAGGUCAAGUUGUGUAUAUUGCAUUAUUGGAUAUGUUAUUCUGCGCCUUGUGUUUCUUGGCAAAUGUAGUAGGUCAUCUGGGUAUCCCAUGCAUACUGUGCACAGUAUACAUACUGCAGAAAGUAGCAUGUUAGUAUGCUAUUCCAAACAUAGCCGUACACUCACUAAACCACAGUGUCUAUUUUAAAUUCGAGGCCACACACAAAAAAAGCUCUUAGAAAUUAACUUUUAGUCCCUUUAAAGAAAAAAGGCAGCCAAUCACAGGCUAGCUUGACUGAUUAAUCCCUCACAGUGAUAAGGUGUUGUGUUAUUAAGCAACUAGAUAUGUUUUCUAUCUUCCAUUGCAUUUAAUCUCCAAGUUUUGUUUUUUUUUUGUUCCCCUCUUCUCCUGGAGAGCGAAGACGACACUCUUAGAUGCGAACGCUUUGAUGAAAUCAGACCUGUAUGAAGAAUUGCUGCCAUGUUAACAGGAUUAAUUAGCUGCUUUUGUGUCAGACAGUAGUGAGAUUAGCAGACGGGCUAAGAACAAAGAACGGCCCGGGAGAUAACAAGCGUGACGAACGUAACGAUAACGAGGUGGAGAGCAAAGCCAGAUUUCCCCAGCAUGUUUUCAGCUCUCUAAUGAAAAGCUGGUACAAAAACAGGCACAAAAUUUUGAUGAACUCCACUAUUUAAGAUGGGAACUUCAGGUGAAUGCAACAAGUGGCUUUCUGGUAUAGUUUGACAAGGCCAUUGCUAGUGGAAAUUUUUCAGGUUUUUAAUAUUCCAUUAUUUAGCUCAUUCCUGUAAACCAAGGAUUAUUUUUACAAACUGUUUGAAAACAGGAAACAGGUACUAUGGUGUAUUACAACGGACCAAGUAAUAAACCAUCUUCAUCCGACCAACAAUUUAAUUUUCCACCAGCUUGAGCUAAUGUACAGAAUCCACGUGAAACGGAUUUAUGAUUGUCCUUUGUUGAGGUUUUAUUCAUGUUUAUUAUUUUAACUGGAAUGAGUUUGGCAUAAUUGUAAAUAUCUGUAAUUUAACCCUUAAAAUUUUCACACAAACAUGAAAUAAAUCUGUUUCUGCAUCAUUAUGAGAUAUCUGGAUCCAGUGUCCCAAGCGCUAGUCUCAAACGUAGAGCCCAAGACUGCAAUAAAAUACAAGUUCCUGUCCCUGAAAACAUUUUAAGCCAGAAAUUUCCAUUAUUUAUCAACUUGCCAAAUACAAAAGCUGUCGCAAGCUGUUUUCUGCUUUUCUUUUUCGGUUCUUUCCUUAUGUUGAGUCCAAAGCAAAUGACGCUCUAAUCAAUGUGCUACAGGGGAAUACUUUUAUAUUUGAAGUGUUUGUUUUAUAAAUUAUUGUAAAUGAAAGCUCUAGUCGAGUUUCUGUGGGCUGAGGGUGGGAGAGAGAGAUGUGAACAUGUCUUUGGUUUUAUGAAGUUAAGUCUUACGCAUCUUAGAUAACAACUGUAAAUCAGUAAAUGUUCAUUGUAAUGA